UAAAGCGCAGUUCAUCAUAAUCCGCUUUAACGGGUUAAGUGAGCUCCAGUGGCCUUUUGCGAGGAUGCAGGUGAACGCAGCCCCGCGCACCGGCCACUUCCCGACCAUGGAAACCCUUCCGGGGAUGGAUUUACGCAGCAACUUUCGGAUGAUUUGAGGAUUUUACCGUCUGUCACCAAACUCUUGCGCUCUGAGAUUUUCCUCAACAGAAUGUUUUUUCUAUGAAGAAGACAAGACAGAACCAUCUAUAUGAUGUUUGGGUGUAACCUACUUUGGGAAUAGCACCAAACGUCUGCCUUUAAGCGCUUUUCCUUUCUUUUCCCUAUGAAGCUCCCAGACCCCUGAGGUUCUUCUGGAUCUGGUUUGUUGUGGUUCCAGAACCAGAACCAGAACCAAGCAAGAGGGGGAAGUCUGCUGGGAGUGUCCGGGAGACCACGAUGAGACCGCGGGAUGAGACCGCGGGAUGAGUCCCGGAGUCCGGCCCGGCCUUCAUGAGAGCCCGCUGGCCGCGCUGCUCCGCCUGUGACCGGGACGCAGAUGGCGGCGGGAUACAACCCGGCCGCGCUGGUGUUCGGGGUGCUGCUCAUCGUGCUGAUCAUCUGCGGGAACCUGCUGGUGUGCCUGAGCGUGUUCACGGAGAAGGCGCUGAAAACCACCACCAACUACUUCAUCGUGAGUCUGGCCGUCGCCGACCUGAUGCUGGCCGUGCUGGUGCUGCCGCUCUUCGUCUACUCGGAGUUCCAGGACGGCGUUUGGACCCUCGGCACCACCGUCUGUGACGGCCUGAUGACCAUGGACGUGAUGCUUUGUACCGCCUCCAUCUUCAACCUGUGUGCCAUCAGCAUCGACAGGUUCAUCGCCGUGUCGAUCCCGCUCAACUACAACAGGAAGCACGUGGACCUGCGUCAGACGGUGCUGCUGUCGGCCACCUGGGUGCUGGCGCUGGCCGUGGCCUCGCCCGUCAUGUUCGGCAUCAACAACGUGCCGGGCCGCGACCCCACCGAGUGCAAACUGGAGAACGACGACUACGUCCUGUACUCCUCCGUGUGCUCCUUCUUCAUCCCCUGCCCCAUCAUGCUGCUGCUGUACUGCGGGAUGUUCCGCGGCCUCCACCGCUGGGAGGUGGCGCGCAAGGCCAAGCUGAAGAGCAGCAUCCAGGCCUGCCGCAAGCUGCAGGAGGCCGCCGCCUCGCUGCCGCCCCUGGCCUCGCUGCCGCCGCCGCUGCCGCCCGUCAUCGAGCGGGAACCCACGGACACGCUGGACGAACCGUCCACGCUGGCGCCCGCCGACCCGGCGCACCCCGUGCCCACGGUGAGCUUCGCCAACAUCAAGUUCGACCACAACCCUCACCGGAAGAAGAGGGCCAAGAUCAACAGCCGGGAGAGGAAGGCGAUGCGGGUGCUUCCUGUCGUCGUGGGGGCCUUCCUCUUCUGCUGGACGCCCUUCUUCGUCCUGCACAUCACGCGGGCGCGCUGCCAGGACUGCCACAUCCCGCCGGCGCUGAUGAGCGUGGUGACGUGGCUCGGCUACGCCAACAGCGCCCUCAACCCCAUCAUCUACACCAUCUUCAACACCGAGUUCAGGAACUUCUUCAGGAAGUUCCUGCACCGCUGCUGCUCCUAGACUACCGACUACCUGGUUGCCAUGGUUUCCUUCCUCUGCGAGGGUAUUUAUUUUUCUACAUUCAUCGACAGCAAAGUUUGUUUGAGCUCCGUGUUUCCCGUGAAGCGGCUUCGGUCUGAGGAACAAACGUCUCGGAGACUCCACGGCGUUUCUACGACACACACCGUUGAUUUUAUAUGUUGAAAAUGUGUCUUUUCAUAAUAAAAGUUUCACUGGAAAAAUUCA